AUGGAUGUGGACUUCGUGGUGAACUCCAGCAUUUCAGAGGGCUUUGCAGCGAUCUUACUCGAAGCUUGGUCCGCCAAGAAAAUCAUUUUCGCGAGGAAUAAUUCGGGUAACAGUGCUGUGAUUCGGGACGGGAUCUCUGGACUGCUCUACGAUACUCCCGAACAGUUCAUCCAACAACUAGAUCACGCGUUGUCGGAUAAGGAAUAUCGAAAUCAUCUCGAGCAGUCUUCUUUCGAGUACUUGCUGUCUCAGGGACUCAUUGAAAACGAGAAGCGCGAACUCCUUCGAAUCCUUUGCGAAUCUUACCAUUGUUUGUUGGCAAAUCCCCGCGGAAUUUGAUGCUUUUGCUUUUUUCCAAUUCUCCCAAAUUGUUUAUUAAAUCAAAAGGCAAUGGCUGGAAAGGAAGGUAAAGAUUAGAGCAAAUCGAUGAUUGUUAGGUGGCAAGAAGAAACCUCUGAAGCAAAAGAAGACCGAAAAGGGUGUGGAGACUGAGGAAGACAAGGCUUUCAAGGCCAAGCAAAAGGAGGAGCAGGCCGCUCUGAAGGCGAUGAGAGAAAAGCUGUCCAAGAAGAAGUAAUCCCUUUCCAGUGUCUAUUAUUUGC